UGACAGGAAAAAAGUUCUAAGUUCAGCAAAAUGAGAAGUAGUCAGAAGCUUCUCCAUACUAUGGGUCGGAAGGGUUAUUCACGUAUGGCUCACGAUUUGAAAAGAAAGAAUCCAAAUAUAACAGGAUUGAGAACGACAGUAUGGACUCAUGGACAUCUUCGAAAGGAUGGGAAUCCAAUAAAUGAGGCGGUUGCUGAAACUUUGAUGAAGAUAAAAGAUUAUGCCGAGUCAAUUUCUGAUACACCAGCCGAAAAUUCGAUUCGAGAUGAUGAUGUUGCUCGAAUUUUAGGUCCCGAGCGUCGUGGACGAGUAAGGGGACUUGGACUUGGGGUUACACCAUCAAAAAUAGAUGGAAAUACACAAAGCAAUGAGAAAGUGAGAGACCUUGAGAACAAAUUACAAACUCAAUCAGUAAGGAUGGAAGCACUCGAAGAAAAGGUUGAAGCACUUCUGAAGUUAUCCCAGAAUCAAAAUAAGAAUGUAGAGGAUAUGAGUUCACGUGCUUUUACUCCACAGGUUUUUGUAUUGUAUAUUAUUUUUUCAAUAUAAAUUCAGAUUAUAU